UCGAGCCAUGUAAUGUGAGAGAAAGAAAAAGAGACAGAAAAAAAAUGGGUAUUGGCGGAGGAGAAGAUCGUGAUGGUGAAGGCGUUAUGAUGGCCGAAGAUUUCUUCUGGUCAUAUACCGAUGAACCUCAUGCUUCUCGCCGUCGUCAAAUUCUAUCUAAAUACCCGCAAAUUAAGGAACUCUUUGGUCCUGAUUACUCCGCAUUAUUCAAGAUUAGUAUUGUUGUUUUACUUCAGCUUGGUACUGCUAUUGUACUUAAGGAUGCAGGAUGGCUGAAGAUACUUCUAGUAGCUUAUUUUUUCGGUUCAUUUCUCAACCACAAUCUGUUCUUGGCAAUCCAUGAGCUCAGUCACAAUCUAGCUUUCUCGUCUCCGGCAUACAACCGUUGGCUCGGGAUUUUCGCCAACCUCCCAAUCGGCGUACCCAUGUCAGUAACCUUUCAGAAGUAUCACUUGGAGCACCAUCGCUUCCAAGGCGUGGACGGGAUAGAUAUGGACGUCCCUAGUCUUGCAGAAGCGCGUGUUGUAACAAAUGUCCUUGCGAAAACUAUCUGGGUGUUUUUACAGCUAUUCUUCUACGCGUUUCGGCCGUUGUUUCUCAAACCGAAGCCUCCUGGUAUAUGGGAGUUUAUGAACUUUUCUAUCCAGAUUGCGCUUGACGCGUCGAUGGUUUAUUUCUGGGGAUGGAGAUCGUUGGCUUAUCUUAUACUUGCUACAUUCGUUGGUGGAGGGAUGCAUCCGAUGGCGGGUCACUUCAUUUCAGAGCAUUAUGUAUUCAAAUCGGACCAAGAGACGUAUUCGUACUAUGGACCGUUGAAUCUUCUCACGUGGCAUGUAGGUUACCAUAACGAACACCAUGAUUUUCCGAGAAUUCCAGGACACAAACUUCACAAAGUGAAGGAGAUUGCUCCCGAGUAUUACGAUGGUUUGUCGUCGUAUAAAUCUUGGAGUCAGGUUAUUUACAUGUAUAUUAUGGACAGUACAGUUGGACCUUAUAGUAGAAUGAAGAGAAAGCCAAGCAAAAAUGAAUGAAUAGAUUCUAUCAUUCAUUUGCCUCUUGUGAUGAUGUCUCAUCUAUAUAAACUUUACAUUAAUUGUUCACAAUUUUAUAUGUAACAGAUGAAUGUGCUGUAAGUUUUGACCCAUAUAGCAGAGUCAUUUUUGUUCAUUAGCUUGUUACAAUUGUGAAUGUGAUAAAUGAAGUGGUUUUGAGCUUUGCUCCAUCAUGAUUGAUGAAAUUCACA